AUGUCUCUGCAGAUUUCCUCCCACUCCCUCACGCCUCUGGACCAUUUGCUCGCCCCGUCAUAUCGCAGUCCUGUAUCGACCUUCGACCUGAAAGGCAAAGACAAAGAUGCAGCCCUGAGUAGGCUGCAAGUCGCCACGACCCGCCUGGCGUCCCAUCUGCCGUUUCUGGGAGCCUCUGUUGCGCCAUAUGCAGACCCUGAUGGCAGAGUCAAUACAUUUGGAGUCUACAGUGCAACCGACGAUAAAAUCCCAUUCUACCAGCUUCAGGAGCAUGCACAGCCUACGCCCCUCCUCAUUGACGGCGAUCUCAACCCCGAGUUGAUGCCCAGCGUAGGACACUUGCAGCCGUCCGAUCCAUGCCCCGUCAUGCGUCUUAAAGCCAACGUCGUGGGUGAUAUGCUCUAUCUCGUCCACUCCUUCUACCACAGGGCCAUGGAUGGUAUGAGUCUCACAAUAGUAAUGAAAGUCCUUGCCCAGCUGUGCUGCGACCCUGAUACCCCCGAGAAAGAUCUUGCGACAAGUGCUGCAGAGCAGGAAGACAUGCGCACACACCUCGCUGAGCUUGGGGUAUCCUCAGAGCCCCAGUCCCUUCGCUGGGAGCCAAAGCCCUCAUACCGCCCACUUUCCAACACGACGGAGUUCCGGAAUAUACCUGUCAACCGUCAGUGCGUGUUGCGGGCGGAUCGGGUCCGACAGAUUCAACAGGCGUGCCAGAUGAUACUGCAGGAACAUGCGCUGACCAAGGGGAAGAAGAUUCGUCUUUCCACAAGCAUGAUCAUGGGCGCGAUGUUUGGAAUCUGCAGUCACCGUGCACGAAGGGCUUCAGGGCUCGGGGAGUUGUAUGGGUCGAGAUUCCACGUCUUGUUCAAUAUUCGCAGCCUGCUUGGUUUGCCGUCAACGUACAUUGGAAAUGCGCUGGUUAAGAUCAGUUGUUCCUUGGAUGCGCAGAUACUCCCUUCACUCGGAGUCCCUCUCACGCAUUCUGCCUCCGGGCUGGCAGCUAGUGAUGUGCAGCGAGUUUGCAACGUUGCUUUGGCCCUCUUGCAGGAGAUUCAGGCGUAUACUCCGGAUCAUGUCGCGGGGAUGAUGGGCACGCUGAAUACAUUGGAGGACUGGUCAUCGGCUGCACCUCCGUCUGACGCACUCCGUUUCUCGGACAUGCGCAAGAUGGAAGCCUACUAUGACUUCGGGCCUCUGGGAGAGGUGCAGGAUGUGGCGAUAGCUGGAAACAAAAUCGCAGGAGUUGGCUGGAUGCUCCCUACUAAGCCUCUGCGGCCAGGGAGCAAGGGUCCAGCGCACUAUGAGUUGACCAUCGCUCUCGAGAGGGCUGCAAUAGAAGAAUUGGAAAAGGACCAGCUGUUCCAGUGGGUAGCUGGCACCGGUCCCAGCAAGAGCAAGCUAUAG